AUGGAGCCUUGCCCACUACAGAAAGAGAUCCAAACCACCAAUGACACGAUAGCAUCUUUGCGGGAACGCGUACGAAGGAUGGAAAGGAACUUGAACGAUCCGACCCUUCCCGAGGAACGUAGACGCGAGUUAUCGCUCGAGCUGAAAGAAAUCGCCAAACUGUUGGAAACGAACGAAGAACAGUUGAAAAAGAUGCACAAAGAAAACUCCAAAUCGUUCGCCGUGGCUGCCUGUUUGUUCUUCAUCUGUUUCCUGGUAUACGGGCUGUAUGUGCUUGUGAACGGGGUAUGACUGAUUCGUUCGA